GGCGAAUGUAUGAUGGCGCCACCUCAGGACCCACAGUUGGAGAAGCUGGUUGAUGAGGUGCUUAAGAACAGCAAUUUUCAGGCAUUGGGUGACUUCUUGCAAGAUGAUGAGGGGACAACUUGGAAAUGUUCCAAACAAUUCCUCGCCAAAUUGGACAAACUUGUUAGUAGGGAAUUAGAUCACAGAAAUGUUAAGAAUGCUUGUUUGGGACUCACGAUCCUGCACAAAUUUGGGAAAUACUUGGCUUUACCUGGAGGUCAAGGCUUAUCUGGGAUGGUACUCCAAGGUCUUGUCAAAAAGAUGGUGCAGUGGUUUGAGAAGGCAAGGCUGUUGUGGAUCGAGGCAUGCACACAGAGGAAUGAGACCUUGCUGAACCUAGCUGAAGACUUAUUUGACUCUGUAAUGGUUGUUCAUGAAACAAGUCUAGAGGGAACAUAUCAGGUCACUGAAUGCUUUCUACAUCUCAUUGGCCAGCUGGCUGCAGACCCAAGAAUCCACAUAAUGAUCCAGAAAGAGGCUAUUCGGAAACUGAACAUCAUUCUGGAUAAGAUCCCAGCGGAGCUCAAAAAGGAGAAGAAGAUCUUAUCGUCUCAAGAGGCCUCGGAUCUAAUGAACAACCUGGCCAGUCGAAUUGUGGAGGGUGGAGAUUAUGACCUGCAGAUAGCCUUGAUGGAAGCCCUGUGCAGGAUGACCACCCGUGCCCAGAGGAAGGAGCUGGCUGACGACUGGUUCUCCAUGGAGUUUGUUGCUAGCACCUUCAGCAAAAUUCAGGACUCUGAGUUUGAGACGGACUGCCGCAGGUUUCUAAACCUUUUGAAUGGGAUGCAGGGAGAUGGGAGAAGAGUGUUCUCCUACCCUUGUCUGGAGGUGUUUCUGGACAAACAUGAGUUGCUGAUGCCCGCUGAUGAGAAACUGGAGGAGUUCUGGAUCGACUUCAACCUGGGAAGUCAGAGCGUCUCCUUCUACUUCUCUCUCGCCGAUGAGGAUGCACAGGAGGGUCAGUGGGACACAGCCUGUAUCCCUGAGAAUGAAGUCCACAGUUACACGGUCACAGAGGAGGGUAGGAGGAGGGUGCUGAAGUUAAAGCUGACAGAGCCGUUGUGUGUGAGUGGGGUGGAGGGCUCCCACCUCACCAUCCACUUCAGCUCCUCCCUGGACAUCAUGCAGGCAGCCAGGAGCGUCUACGGAAACAAGAACAAAUCGUUUGUGGGCAAGAGAAGAACCUCUGUCGUGAAGACCACAGUCAAGAUUGUUAUGGAUGACAACUGCUCCCAGGCUCUUGUUCCCGAGAGUCAGAUGUCCCCCGACGCUGACGUGGAGAGAGAGAGGGACAGUGUCCCCUGUCUGCUACCCCCUCACCCCUCUGGACCCUUACAGAUGGUGACUCCAGCCAAGAGGAGGGUGUCUGAGUCCAGCACGUUCAUCACCAGCAGUGGAGGAGGGAGGGGGACAGGAGCCAGCCCCUUUAGCGUUGUUAUGGCAGCAUCCACUCCCAGAGGCAGCAGGCCCAAAGUGAAGCCGGCUAUAGAGCUGGUCAGGUCGUGUGAGAGGCAAGGCCAGUCGGGCCUGGGGGAGCUGAGGACGGCCAAACCCUACUACAACGCCGCCCCUGGCAUUACACUGAGCCACAGCAGGAGGGAGCAGAUGGAUGCGGUGGUUGCUCUAUCACAGAGCAAAGCUACCAAGCAGGACACCAGAGCUGGACCUGUGGCAGAGAAAUACCGCAGGCACAUCCCAGUGGACAAAGUGGUGGAGAUGGUCCAAACUGACCAGGCAGAGGAAGAGGAGCUUCUUGACAGCAGCAUUGUCCCUGACUCCCAGCCUACCAUGAAAACAGAGAGUACUAUAUUCUCCCACUGGAGGAAAGUGUCUGUAUCUGAGAUGCUGCUGCCGGUACAGAGAGGCUUCCAGAAGGCACUGCCCAAACCAGAACUUGAGAACGUAGAGCAACAGGAGCGUCCGUCGUCUGCCCAGAGAGGUUCUGGGUCGGUCCCUGGGUCAGCAGUCAGCCACAAGCAGCUCCACGCCCAGCUCACCCAGCGCCUGGAGGAGGUCCUCCGCAAGAGGGACCGGGAUACUGGGCCCGAGGAGCGAGCUGGAGUCCAGAUCAGAGUGCCUGAGGAGCGAGGUGGGCCACAGGACCGAGGGUCCCGAGAGCGAGCUGGAGCCCAGGGAGGAAGCGGGCCUGAGGAGCAAAGUGGAGCCCAGGGAGGAAGAGGGCCUGAGGAGCAAGAUGGAGCCCAGGGAGGAAGAGGGCCUGAGGAGCGAGGUGAGCCCACUGGGAGAGGUGCCAAAGUGUCACGGCAGGAUGCAGGAAGGCCUGGUCAGACCAAGGGGAAACCUAAGAGCCAGAAGUCUCAGGAAACUGAAGCCACCCUAGGGAAAGCCCCUGUCAAACCCACCCCAGCUAAAGAUAUACAGGAGAGGGCAACACCAAACUCCAAGGUUAAGGCCACUGGGUCAAACUCCAGUAAAGACAAGAGAGAGGAGGUGGUGACGGGCACCAUGAUGAGGUUAAUCUCCAGCCACUAUGAGAAUAGCACAUCAUCCACCACCAUUAAAUCCCCUGUAGAGUCUGUCCCUCGCUGGCCCCUUCCACCCACCAACAGGUACUGCAGCAACAGAUCUGUUUUGGAGAAGAGUUGGUUGCCGCCAUCGAUGGUGGGAACGGCAAAAGCCCCAGGAUAUAUGAAGUCCUACACUAACUCCAAGAAGCCCUCUGCAGAACAACAAGGAGAUGAUGUCUUUGCGUUCAAAGUUGAUACAUCUAUGACCACUGGGGGGGAGGGGAAAAUGUCCUCGGACACCUCUGCCAUUGAUAGCAGUGCCGUUUUUUCCCCUAGUGCUACUCACAACUCCUGGGCAUUCCCCAGCACUGCCAAGAAGGGCCAAGCAGUCAAGUCCCAGGUAGCAGCUCCACGGCGCCACGUGAAGAAGCACCUGUUCAGCGACACAGACACAGACGCCAUGAUGGAGAUCAGCUGGCUCAAAGAGUCCAGCAGGAAGCCCAAGCCCAAAGUGAUCGACUACAGCCGUCAGCCCCGGCUCCACCCCCCUGCCCCCAACACCACAUAUGAGUCCCCAGACUUACCACCUAGCUCACCCAAGCCUGUGAAGGAGAAAGCCAAGCCAAAGAAGAAGAGACAGAGGGUGAAGGAGAGAAGUGUAGAGCAGAAAGAGAACAGUGGAGUGGCACUGGUGGCGGCAGGGACCAGUCAAGCAGCCAGGAGGCCCCGGAGAGCCGCCGCCACCAACGGCAAGAGCUACAGGGAGCCCGACAGCGCCAGCCAAUCAGAGACUGAAGAGCCGCCAGCUCCUAAGAAGCGCUCCAUCGGACCAGCGGAAAAGAUCGAGAAGGUUUGCCAAGAGGCUGUCGAGGUGAAGAAGAAAAAGGCAACCACCCCGGCCAAGGAACAGACGAAUGUACCGAAAGAGUCUUCUUGGGCUGCCCGGCUGGCCUCUUUCAAUCCUUCCCCGCCUGCCAUCGAGAGGAUGAGAGCUGCAUCCGAGAGGUCGCUGAUAGCCUUACCCCGGUCGCUCCUCACCCCGCUGGGCUCCCUGUCCGCCUCCCCUGCCAGCGGCCCCUCUUCACCCCUUGCCCUGGAGCUGCCCCCCCGAACACCCUCGCAGCAGCGCGGGCUUCCAGCCCUCCUCCUUCUACAGCGCCCCUGGGAGGAAGAGUGACCGCAAAGCUAAGGAUCCCUCUCCCCCAUCCCUCCCCUCUCUCCCAUCCCUUACUCCCACUGGCAAGCCUCCUGGCCUCCGCGCCCAGAGACCGAGUGCCUUAGAGCUGAGCCCAAUCCAGCCUGCUCUCUCCCCGGCCCAGUCUCCCCUCUGCCCUCCCUCCCAGCUCCUCUUGACCUCCACGGCCCUCCAGAAGUCAGUGCUGCCCUCCCCUCUACUCCAAUCACAGCCUUCUCCAGGA